AUGGAGUACAAUGGUGGCAGUGUGAUAGCCAUGAAGGGGGAAGGCUGUGUCGGAAUUGCCUGCGAUCGAAGAUAUGGCGUCAACCAGCUGCAGACGGUAUCAGCCAACAUGCAGAAGGUGUACCCGAUGACCUCUCGAUGCUUGGUCGGCUUCCAAGGCCUUGCCACGGACUCUCAAACACUAUCCCAAUUGCUGAAAUUCCGCCUGAAGUUGUACAAGUUGAAGGAGGAUAGGGAGAUGCCAUGUGAUGUUGUAAGUCACUUGAUGGCUACUAUGCUCUACGAGAAACGGUUUGGGCCCUACUUCUGUGAACCUGUUAUUGCUGGUCUUAAGAAUGAUGGCGAGCCUUUCAUCUCCUNNNNACAUUGUCUUCAAGUUGGGUUUGGGUGA